AUGCCGUCGCACACCUGUCGACGAAUUGCCCUCACCCAACCGCAGGCCCUGCUGCACCUGGCCGCUCUGGCCAACGCCAUCACGCGCAUCACAAAGAAAACCACCAAGAUCCCUACCCAGGCUGUCACAACUGACACGCCCACUGCGGCCGCCGCUCCCCCGGCGCCAUUGCCCUGCGCCCCCAAGGGCGCAUCAACCGACGCCUCCACCCCCGACCACGUCCCGCACGCCGCCGCCGCUGACGCACCCACGGCCGCCAAGGCCAGCUGGUUUGUGCGCGCGGUCUCCGGCCUCAAGGACAAGUGGAGCGCCGUGAUAGCCGCCGCCGCCACCAAGACCCCUGCUGCUGCCGAGAAGCACGCGCCCACGCCUCGCACGGCCAGCGCCACCUCUAGCACUUCCACCACCAGAAAGAGCAACACCGCCCAGGCCGCUGCUGCCACCCCUGGUGACGGCGCCUCGGCCCCCAAGGCCUCGGAGAAGGCCAACUGGUUUGCGCGCGCCUUUGCCACCGCCGAGGCCAAGUGCGGCGCCGCGUGCGACUCUGUCGCAGCCUCAUGGCGCGCCUCCGCCGCCAAGGCCACAGCCGCGCUCACCCCCAAGCGCAAGGUCUUAAUCAAGAAGAGUCGCAGCAGCAAGGCUGACACCAAGACCUCUUCCCUGCCCACGAGUCCCGCGGCCCUUGCUCCUGUGGCCGGCCCCAUCGACAACGCCAGCCCCACCUCUGCCGCCGCUGACGACGCCGCCGUGCUUGUGAGCGUCGUCGCCCCCGCCGCGCCCGAGCCCACAGUGGCAGCCCUCAAGCCCGGCUCGAAGGCCGGCGCAGCCGCCACUCCCAGGUGGGGUAAGUACGUUGGGGACAGGUUUAGGGCUGCGCUGCCGCGCACCCGCAGCGGCAGGCGCCCCACCACCCCUGCGGCCCCCAUCAAGGCGCGCUCCGGCGGCACCCCGGCCAAGCCCUGCGACGCCGAGCCCGCCACCGCCGCCGCUGUCGCCGCCCCCAAGGGGCGCGUCGGCGCCGCUUUGACCGCCAAGCUUGCGCGCCUCUCGUCGCGCCGCAGCCGCGACCGCCCCGAUCAGGUGGCGGCAGCAGCGGUGGGGGGCGAGGCGGCGGUGGCCUGCUAG